GCAGCCCCAGCGUCGGCAGCCGCCCCGCCCGGGAGCCUGCCAGCCCGGCACGUCCUCGGACUCUGCCUAAUCCAACCUGGAAGCAGGCAGAGCUGCGGUGCACGUGCACCUGGCCCAGGGUUCCCCAAGGUCAGGAAGGUAGCACCGCCAGGGCAGAGGCCAGAAUCGGGGCAAAGACCUAGCCGGCCAUCAUCCUGGCUGGGGUCGGGGAUGGAGCCCAGGUCUGGUCCAGGCUGAGCUAUAUCUCUUCGUAAGAUGCUCUUCUGUUCCCAUCAUCCCUUUGGCCUGACUGACUGCUUGUCCUUCCCCAUUUGCCGUGGAGACGGGGCUCAGCGCAGCAAGAGCCAGGCCGCUACCACCCCCACCCCAGAGCAACCAGCGCCUUUGCCCCGGGCCCGAGGCUCCCACCUGCGGACUCGACGUUGCUCCUGCAGCUCCUGGCUCGACAAGGAGUGCGUCUACUUUUGCCACCUGGACAUCAUCUGGGUGAACACUCCCGGACAGACAGCUCCUUACGGCCUGGGAAACCCGCCAAGACGCCGGCGCCGCUCUCUGCCAAGGCGCUGUGAAUGCUACAGUGCCAGGGACCCCGCCUGUGCCACCUUCUGCCAUCAAAGGCCCUGGACUGAGGCGGUGGCAGUCCCAGUCAGCGGGUCCCCUGCAGCUGUGUUCCAGGAUGGCAAGACUCGGGCCACGGCGGGAGAGCUCCUCCAGCGGCUGAGGGUUAUUUCUGCAACCAAGAUCCACUUUGCUAGGCAACAGCAGAAGACGACGAGGGAGACCAGACCUACACACUCCAGGCAGAGGAAGAGAUAGCUCUCGACUCUGGGAGAACUUUGGGAAGGAAGCCUGUGUGGAUACAGGAGGAGAGGGGCAUCCCAGAGCUGGGAGACCUUCCGACCUGUUUCCUGGGCCAGAAAACCCAGCUGCUGGAGCAGGCACAAGCUCUGGCCUCCUUGCCCUGGGGAGGGGGCCUCCCUCAAGGCAGCUCUGUGACACCAGGAAAGCUAUCAGGCCUCGGGCUGCAGCGUGGCCUCCCACACUGGUUCCAGUUCCAAGGCCCUGCUGAACGGAAUGGCAUGCGGAAUGUGCUAACCUGGAGGUGUCCUGUCUGGUGGCUGCGAACCAGGAACAGCGUGCAGUGGUGGGCACUCACACCUCAGCCAGCCCCAGAGGCCGAACAAGCCCUCCCAGGGUUGAAGUCCCGGCCGCCUCCCACCCCCCGCCCCCGGUCUGUCCCCUCCAGCCCUCCCUCUCCAGUGUCCUUAUUCUCCACUCAUACCCUCGGGACACUCUUGGUGAGAAGGGCCUGCACCGCUUCACCUGUCUGUAUAUAACUUAUUUGCUCUAAGAAAUUUGAUGAUUCUGAUUAUUUAUUUUAACGUAUUUUUUUAGACUCUCAAUUAUUUACCUGCGAACUUGUGUUUGUAAUAAACAACAAAAUGGUGCUCUAGCAUUUGGUCUUGGUUGAGCAGGAGGUGGGAGGCGCUUUUCAGGAAGGGGCUGCUUAGAAGUGAAGGGAACAAAGGAACGG